AUGUGUGACAACCCAUCAUUCGUGCUCAAGGGGAUCCUGGAUGUUGAGAUCCAGCAAAAGCCCGUUCCAGAGAUUGAUGCCAAUGAGGUCCUCGUGGAAGUGAAGAAGACCGGAAUUUGUGGCUCAGACGUGCACUUUCUUCUCCAUGGAAGAAUCGGUAAUUUUAUUGUAGAGAAGCCCAUGGUGUUGGGUCACGAGUCAGCAGGCGUGGUCUCGAAAGUUGGUUCCAGCGUGACCAAUGUCAAAGUGGGUGACCGAGUGGCUAUGGAACCUGCCGCAGCAUGCCGCAAGUGCGAAGCUUGCAAGGAAGGUCGCUACCAGCUUUGCCCAGACCUCAUCUGUGCUGCCACUCCUCCCACGGACGGCACUCUCGCUCGUUACUACCGCCUCCCGUCCGAUUUCGCUUACCUACUUCCACCAAACCUCAGUCUUGAGGAUGGAGCAAUGAUGGAACCUCUGUCCGUGGCAGUUCAUGCCGUCUCGAAGCUCGGUGCUAUGCGGUCAAACCAGUCCGUCGCCGUCUUUGGUUGUGGACCAGUUGGGCUUCUCUGCAUGGCCGUCGCGAAAGCUCUAGGCGCUUCCCGUGUCAUCGCUGUUGACAUCAUUCCUGGCCGCCUCGAAUUUGCCAAAGCAUACGCUGCAACAGACAUCUUCCUACCUCCUCCUAUGGAUAAGGACGAGUCUGGAGUCGCGUUCUCUGUGCGCAAUGCCCAGGCGAUGAAGGAGAAGCUCGGCAUCGCUGAGCAUGGACCUCGGGCGAUUGACUUGGUUUUGGAUGCUUCUGGCGCAGAGGUCUCUAUUCAGACUGGUAUCCGGAUCACCAAGAGUGGUGGUACCUUCAUCCAAGUCGGCUUAGGCAACCUCGAUGUCACUAUUGACAUGCUUGUUGUCAUUUGCAAGGAGCUCGUCCUUAUAGGCUCCUUCCGGUAUGGACCCGGCGACUACCCUCUCGCUAUUGCCCUUGCUGCAUCAGGCAAGGUCGACGUCAAACCCCUUGUGUCGCACCGCUUCCCCUUCACUCAGGCAGGUGAGGCGUUUGAAAUUACUCGCACCGGCAAGAGCCCCGAUGGCAAGGGGGUCAUCAAGGUCAUGAUCUCCGGACCUGAUGUCGACAUCAACGAGUUUUGA